CUAUCCCACAAUUCCCCAGGUGACCAAGGAAUCCAAGAUGGCGGCCUCCGCACGCUAAACCACAAAAAUUGUUUUGAAAAAUUCUGCGAGUUAAAAGGUGCCCGCUUUUCAGGAAAUACCCCACAGGCGCUGUCACAUUGCUUUUUGUCGUCCGUUUUGUUUGAAUUAGAACCACAGACAAAGUACAGAAUCGUUGGGAAAAGUAGUAUUCGUGUUUUCUUGAAUGUGUUUUCGACGUUCGAUUUUCAAUUCAUUCAAAGUGUUUGCUUACUCAUACCGAGGGGUGCAAGUCUCUCUGCCCAGGGAGCCAUCUUUGGCGAGUUGCCAUGCUAAACGGUCUGCGAUUUGCCGGAAAGUUCUCUGAUCUUGCGAAAUCUGAUGACAUGCGUACAACUAGAAGGUGAAUUCCGAUACGAAAUUUAGCCCACGCAAAGGGAGCGCGCACGCUGUUACUUUUACUUAAAGAUUUCCUGUUCACCACACUACGAAGACUUCAAGAUUUCACCUCGUUCCUUUCCCCGGAAUUGAAAUUUUUAAGUAAUGAUGGCUGCGCCGGAAAGUUUAUUAGAAUUGAGUCAUAAUUUCAGUGCAGACCUGAAGGCACCGUGGCUAGAAGAUGAUGAAAUUGUACCCAUGGAUAUCUAUACAGCCUGUUCUAUAGGACAGUAUGAUCUAGUACAGAGCUUCAUCAAAUCAAACAGUGCUAGCAUCAAUGAUCUCAACACAGGCGGAUGGACGCCCUUGAUGUAUGCUGCAUAUGUUGGCCAUGAUAGUGUGGUGAACUUGUUGUUGGAGUGCGGAACCAUUGUUGUGGAUACCAGGACUUCUAUCAGACAAUCCACAGCACUUAUGUUAGCAGCCAGCUGUGGUAACGAGCCGGUGGUUUACUUUUUGAUACAAAACAGAGCGGAUAUCAAUGCUAUGGAUGUCCAUGGUGACACUGCGCUGUUUUAUGCGGCCCACCAGGGGCAUCAGAAUGUCGUCAAGAUGUUGAUUGAUAAUGGGGCGGAUAUGGAGAAAAGUGAAAACAAACAUGGUUUAACACCUCUCCUGGAUACUGCCAAAGAAGGACAUGAAGGGAUAUUCAACCUGCUUCUGCACUCAGGAGCUAACCCAAAAGCCAAGACUAUCCACGGGGAAGACGCUAGGCAGAUAGCCCUGCGUUAUGGCCACAUGCCGAUAGUUAACCUGAUUGAUAUGCAGUCACACAAGCAUUCUCAUCAGACCUUACUCCGUAGCGAGCCUGGACUAGGUAACGACUUGAUGCUUUACCCAGAUAUCGCAGGCAGCCCAGACACCAAGGUCAACAACUGGUUAGGCCAGUACAAAGUUUCCAAAUCACCAAAGAUUCAAGAUGGCCCUGAAUUGUUUGCAGUGCUAAAGAAGCAGCAAACAGUAUUCCAUCCGAAGAGAGAAAUGCCCAAUAGCAGCCCAGUGUCCAGUCAUCAGGGCAUGACCCUCAAUCCAAAGAGAGAAACACCCAAUAGCAGCCCAGUGUCCAGUCAUCAGGGCAUGACCCACCCACGCACCAUCCCAAGCCCCGCCCAAGUCGGCACACACUUGGGCAGCUUUGAAGACUACUUUUUUGCAAAUAGUGGAGGGACUGUUAAGAGUAGAAGUUUGGGAAGAAGAUUUGAAGAACUUGCUCUGAAUGGGGAUGGUACGCAGAGGGAUGGGUCACGCUCCUCCACGCCUGAGUUCCCUCUUGUUUCUUCAUUUCUUCAAGACCUUAAGCUCGCUAAGUACAUACCCAUCUUUGAAGAACAGGAAAUAGAUUUUGAGACCUUGUUGACUUUGACUGAUGCAGAUUUAAAAGAAAUUGGGGUCACCCUAUUUGGUCCUAGACGGAAAAUAGUAGUAGGAAUAGGGAACUGGAAGGAUCAGAAUCCACCUAGGGCUAUAAGCAUGAGAUUGGAGGUAGAGAUUAAUGAAUUGCGGAUGUCGCUACAGACUGCUCUUCUUCAGCUGCAGCAGGCACAAGCUCAAUACAUGCAGGAGCGAGAGCUACGUACAGUCUACGAGGGUUACCUAGUCGAAGAGCAGACCCGAUUCCAGAAAAUCCAUAAUGAUGUUAAAAUGAAGUUAACGCAGGCUCAAUCCGCCCUAGGUAGUAUAAUUAAAACAUCCCAAGAAAAAGAAUCUCGAAGUACAAUGGUCCAGGAAUUGCAAUCAUUACAGGAAACUAUUCAGUCCUUACUGGAUAGGUUUUCUUCAGCUGAGUUUAAGUCGAAGUCUGAGACUAAGUCCUCAGUGGGACCUUCUGCUAAUGCAACCCACGCCUGAUGGUGGCCAGGAAAAGCUAUUUAUUGUAGACACAGUUGUACCUUUAUUUAAGUGCCUGGCAAGAGGGACAGGAAUUUAAGAGUGUCAUGAGCUGGCGGUGUACAGGCAGAGAUGGGCAGGAAGUAAUGAGUGACAUGAGCUGGCGGUGUACAGGCAGAGAUGGGCAGGAAGUAAUGAGUGACAUGAGCUGGCGGUGUACAGGCAGAGAUGGGCAGGAAGUAAUGAGUGACAUGAGCUGGUGGUGUACAGGCAGAGAUGGGCAGGAAGUAAUGAGUGACAUGAGCUGGCGGUGUACAGUACAGGUAGAGAUGGGCAGGAAAUAAUGAGUGACAUGAGCUGGCAGUGUACAGGCAGAGAUGGGCAGGAAGUAAUGAGUGACAUGAGCUGGCGGUGUACAGGUAGAGAUGGCAGGAAGUAGUGAGUGACACGAGCUGGCGGUGUACAGGUAGAGAUGGCAGGAAGUAAUGAGUGACAUGAGCUGGCGGUGUACAGGUAGAGAUGGCAGGAAGUAAUGAGUGACACGAGCUGGCGGUGUACAGGCAGAGAUGGGCAGGAAGUAAUGAGUGACAUGAGCUGGCGGUGUACAGGCAGAGAUGGGCAGGAAGUAAUGAGUGACAUGAGCUGGCGGUGUACAGGCAGAGAUGGGCAGGAAAUAAUGAGUGACAUGAGCUUGCGGUGUACAGGCGGAGAUGGGCAGGAAGUAAUGAAUGACAUGAGCUGGCGGUGUACAGGCAGAGAUGGGCAGGAAGUAAUAAGUGACAUGAGCUGGCGGUGUACAGGCAGAGAUGGGAAGGACAAGCUGUCAUAUAAGGAAAGAUGUUUACCCUCUCUACCCCCCCUUUCCCAAAACAAGGAAGGAAUGGCAAUAGUCCAGUGUUGAAUUCCACUCUUCCUGCUAAUCACAGAUACGAAUGGCGCAGAAACACAGUGCAAGCCUCAGUUGUUUUGGGCGAACAGUUCACAAACAGAUUUUUGUAUCAUUUUAGUCUAAGCUGCAGUAGAUGUAUACUUGUUUGUGCAUAAAGUUUGCCUCUGAGGCUCCCACUUUAUUUAAAGUUUGCCUCUGAGGCUCCCACUUUAUUUAAAGUUUGCCUCUGAGGCUCCCACUUUAUUUAAAGUUUGCCUCUGAGGCUCCCACUUUAUUUAAAGUUUGCCUCUGAGGCUCCCACUUUAUUUAAAGUUUGCCUCUGAGGCUCCCACUUUAUUUAAAGUUUGCCUCUGAGGCUCCCACUUUAUUUAAAGUUUGCCUCUGAGGCUCCCACUUUAUUUAAAGUUUGCCUCUGAGGCUCCCACUUUAUUUAAAGUUUGCCUCUGAGGCUCCCACUUUAUUUAAAGUUUGCCUCUGAGGCUCCCACUUUAUUUAAAGUUUGCCUCUGAGGCUCCCACUUUAUUUAAAGUUUGCCUCUGAGGCUCCCACUUUAUUUAAAGUUUGCCUCUGAGGCUCCCACUUUAUUUAAAGUUUGCCUCUGAGGCUCCCACUUUAUUUAAAGUUUGCCUCUGAGGCUCCCACUUUAUUUAAAUUUCCUUAGUCCGUCUGUAUAGUGGGCGUAGUAGAAUUCAAAACUGGGCUAUUGUCUGAUUGAAAUAGCCCUGAUAAACCUCAAAUUUUUUGCUUGAUAUUGCAAAACAAACUAUUUUAGGAAAUCUUGAAAUAUCCAUCUAAAAACAAAGUGUUUUAUAUAAUUCAAUUAAAAAUAUGACGACAGUUCCCCCCAAACAGCUGAUGGGAGUUGAUGCUUGAACUUACUGUAGCAUUUUGCAAGGAUGAUUUGUUGCUGGCUGUUGGAGACACAGGACUUUUACUGUGGUAUUCUUUUUAUAGGGUAUUUGCUUAAAAACUUGCCAUUUUGAUAGGGCCAUCAUUAUUGAGAAAAGCUGGUAAAUAGCGUUAAAUCCUUAUAUAUUGAUUAAUUAAUAAAUUAUUGUUUGUAUUCAUCACAGGUGGCACUCUUAAUAAUGGUGUUGUUGUGAUUCCCUCCCUGCAUUGGUUUGCUACUACUUGCUUUACAACAGAGUUAUAACCGAUGUGUAGUUUGCUUGCUGUAAAGCAAGUGAUUGCAAGCCUGUGAGAUAAAGGAACACAUUUAUGUAUUUAUAUAUUUGAAAAGAGCAGUUAUAUUUUGUAGUACUUGUUGGUCCCAUUUAGUAAAGAGUGUUCAGUUCUCAGAAAUAUGAAGUAAGCAGCGAAAUAAAAAAAGAUUACUAAAAUAAAAUACAUAGAAUUUGCUGGC